AUGAACUGGAGUACUCCGAAGCAGAAACGCACGAUCCCCGUGAUGGGCUAUACGCUCGCACUCGUCUUCCCCAUUUAUGUGGACCCGUUCAAGAAGGACACCACAGACUUGCACCACAACACCGAGGCCAACGUCACUGUCCAGGUGGGAAAGGACAUGGCCCUGGAGGAAGGAAAUCAGAGCAAGCCGGAGCCUCAACAAUGGAGACGGUCGAUGAAACUCCCAGAGAAGAAAUAG